CCUGCGCCCUCCAUUCGCUCGCCAGCCGCCAAGCAGCGAACACCCCAAACAAUCCCCAGCGCCGCCGCCAAAUUAAAUAACCUGCCCGCUCCCAGCGCCCUGCCUCGAGCCCCCCGCCGAGCCCCCCCUCCCCGUGGCCGAGUCUUCGGGGCCGGGUCGGGGACAGAGGAGCGGAGCUCCGGACCUGGGCCUUCCUCGCCGCCUCCGCCGACGGCUCGGGCAAGAAGUUGUCCACUACAAAGGAAGAAAGGAAAGUAAGCUCAUACUUCAGACUGGUUUUUGAAUAUCUUUCUAAUACAGUGGUGUUCCAGAAGAUGAUAAAGAAAUGAUAGCAGCUCCAGAAAUACCAACUGAUUUUACUCUCCUUCAGGAGUCUGAAACACACUUCUCUUCUGAUACAGACUUUGAGGAUAUUGAAGGAAAAAACCAAAAACAAGGCAAAGGAAAAACCUGUAAAAAAGGUAAAAAAGGACCAACAGAAAAAGGGAAAAGUGGAAACGGAGGAGGGAAACCUGGUGGUCCAAAUCGGAUGAAUGGACAUCACCAACAGAAUGGUGUGGAAAACAUGAUGCUGUUUGAGGUAGUUAAAAUGGGCAAGAGUGCUAUGCAGUCUGUAGUGGAUGAUUGGAUAGAGUCAUACAAACAUGACAGAGAUAUAGCACUUCUUGAUCUCAUUAACUUCUUUAUUCAGUGUUCAGGCUGCAAAGGAGUUGUCACAGCAGAGAUGUUCCGACACAUGCAGAACUCUGAAAUAAUCCGAAAAAUGACCGAAGAAUUCGAUGAGGAUAGUGGAGAUUAUCCGCUAACUAUGGCUGGUCCCCAGUGGAAGAAGUUCAAAUCCAGUUUUUGUGAGUUCAUUGGAGUACUCGUCCGACAAUGUCAAUAUAGCAUCAUAUAUGAUGAAUAUAUGAUGGAUACUGUCAUUUCACUGCUUACGGGAUUGUCAGACUCACAAGUCAGAGCAUUUCGGCACACUAGCACACUGGCAGCCAUGAAGCUGAUGACUGCUUUAGUGAAUGUGGCAUUAAAUCUUAGUAUUAACAUGGACAAUACGCAACGGCAGUAUGAAGCAGAGAGAAAUAAAAUAAUUGGGAAACGGGCUAAUGAUAGACUGGAACUCUUACUACAGAAAAGAAAGGAGCUUCAGGAAAAUCAAGAUGAAAUAGAAAACAUGAUGAAUGCAAUAUUCAAAGGUGUUUUUGUGCAUAGAUACCGAGAUGCAAUUGCUGAAAUAAGAGCUAUCUGUAUUGAAGAAAUUGGAAUAUGGAUGAAGAUGUACAGUGAUGCCUUUCUCAAUGACAGCUACUUAAAGUAUGUAGGGUGGACUAUGCAUGAUAAGCAAGGGGAAGUAAGGCUGAAAUGCCUAACUGCUCUGCAAGGGCUUUACUAUAAUAAGGAGCUUAAUUCCAAAUUGGAACUCUUCACCAGUCGGUUCAAGGAUAGAAUUGUGUCUAUGACUCUUGACAAAGAAUAUGAUGUUGCAGUCCAAGCAAUAAAAUUACUCACUCUUGUUUUACAGAGUAGUGAAGAAGUUCUGACUGCAGAAGACUGUGAAAACGUCUACCAUCUGGUUUAUUCAGCUCAUCGGCCAGUAGCAGUUGCUGCAGGGGAAUUUCUUUAUAAAAAGCUUUUCAGCCGCAGAGAUCCUGAAGAUGAUGGAAUGCUUAAAAGGAGGGGAAGACAAAGUCCGAAUGCUAAUCUUGUGAAGACAUUAGUGUUUUUCUUCUUGGAAAGUGAAUUGCAUGAACAUGCUGCCUAUCUUGUGGACAGCAUGUGGGACUGUGCAACAGAUCUCUUGAAGGACUGGGAAUGUAUGAACAGUCUUCUCUUGGAGGAACCUCUCAAUGGAGAAGAGCCUCUGACAGAUAGACAGGAAAGCGCACUGAUUGAAAUAAUGCUUUGUACAAUUCGGCAAGCAGCUGAAUGUCAUCCUCCGGUGGGAAGAGGAACAGGGAAAAGGGUUCUGACAGCGAAGGAGAAGAAAACUCAACUGGAUGACAGGACAAAAAUUACAGAACUUUUUGCAGUGGCACUUCCACAGUUGUUAGCAAAGUAUUCUGUAGAUGCUGAAAAAGUCACCAACUUGUUGCAGUUGCCACAGUACUUUGAUUUGGAAAUUUAUACAACAGGGCGACUAGAAAAGCAUUUGGAUGCUUUACUGCGACAAAUCCGGGAUAUUGUGGAGAAGCACACAGACAUAGAUGUUUUGGAAGCCUGUUCAAAAACAUACCAUGCUCUCUGCAAUGAAGAAUUCACAAUCUUUAACAGGGUUGAUAUUGCAAGAAGUCAGUUAAUAGAUGAAUUGGCAGACAAGUUUAAUCGACUUCUUGAAGACUUCCUGCAAGAGGGGGAGGAACCUGAUGAAGAUGAUGCUUAUCAGGUCUUGUCAACGUUGAAGAGAAUCACUGCUUUCCACAAUGCUCACGACCUAUCAAGAUGGGACUUGUUUGGCUGCAACUACAAGUUACUGAAAACUGGCAUUGAAAAUGGAGACAUGCCAGAACAGAUUGUUAUUCAUGCACUGCAGUGCACUCAUUAUGUAAUCCUUUGGCAGCUAGCAAAAAUUACUGAAAGCAGUUCCACAAAGGAGGAUCUUCUACGUCUGAAGAAGCAGAUGAGAGUGUUCUGUCAAAUCUGUCAACACUACCUGACCAAUGUAAACACUGCUGUUAAGGAACAGGCUUUCACAAUUCUAUGUGACGUGUUGAUGAUCUUCAGCCAUCAGAUUAUGACAGGAGGACGUGAUAUAUUGGAACCACUUGUUUACACUCCUGAUUCUUCAUUACAAUCUGAACUACUCAGUUUUAUUUUAGAUCAUGUCUUCAUUGAUCAGGAUGAUGAUAAUAAUAGUGCAGAUGGACAGCAGGAUGAUGAAGCUAGCAAAAUUGAAGCAUUGCACAAAAGAAGAAAUCUACUUGCAGCUUUCUGUAAACUCAUUGUAUAUACUGUGGUGGAAAUGAAUACUGCUGCAGACAUUUUCAAGCAAUAUAUGAAGUACUACAACGACUAUGGUGAUAUUAUUAAAGAAACAAUGAGUAAAACAAGACAGAUAGACAAAAUCCAGUGUGCUAAAACACUUAUUCUUAGCUUGCAACAGCUUUUCAAUGAAAUGAUUCAAGAAAAUGGUUAUAAUUUUGACAGAUCAUCGCCGACAUUCAGUGGCAUAAAGGAACUUGCUCGACGUUUUGCUUUAACGUUUGGACUGGAUCAGUUGAAAACAAGAGAAGCUAUUGCUAUGUUACACAAGGAUGGCAUAGAAUUUGCCUUUAAGGAGCCUAAUCCACAAGGUGAGAGCCACCCACCAUUAAAUUUGGCAUUUCUUGAUAUUCUGAGUGAGUUUUCCUCCAAACUUCUCAGACAAGACAAAAGAACAGUGUAUGUUUACUUGGAGAAGUUUAUGACCUUUCAGAUGUCUCUACGAAGAGAAGAUGUGUGGCUUCCUCUCAUGUCCUACCGAAACUCUCUAUUAGCUGGUGGGGAUGAUGAUACAAUGUCAGUAAUUAGUGGAAUCAGCAGUCGAGGAUCUACAGUAAGAAAUAAGAAAACAAAGCCAGCAACAGGGAAACGGAAAGUACCUGAAGCUGAAGAAAGCAGCAGUAGUGACAGUAUGUGGAUGAACAGGGAGCAGACAAUGCACACACCAGUCAUGAUGCAGACACCUCAACUUACUUCCACAAUAAUGAGGGAGCCCAAGAGAUUGCGACCUGAAGAGAGUUACAUGGGUGUCUAUCCUAUGCAGCCUGAACACCACCAAGCUCCACUCGAUUACAACACGCAAGUAACGUGGAUGUUGGCUCAAAGGCAACAGGAAGAAGCCGCACGACAACAGCAGGAGAGGGCAGCGAUGAACUACGUCAAGCUGAGAACCAACUUGCAACAUGCUAUUCGGCGUGGCACAGGUCUAAUGGAAGAUGAUGAAGAGCCAAUCGUUGAAGACGUGAUGAUGUCAUCAGAAGGGCGAAUUGAAGAUCUCAAUGAAGGCAUGGAUUUUGACACCAUGGACAUAGACCUACCACCGUCAAAGAACAGGAGAGAAAGAACGGAACUAAAACCAGAUUUCUUUGACCCCGCUUCAAUCAUGGAUGAAUCGUUUUAGGUCCAAAACAUCCGAAGUCUGUAGUUUCUGCUUGCAGUUGCCCUUUUUUCCGACUUCAUAAAUCUGCAGUCUCUAUUCUCUUUUAAAAAACUGCAUGAGGGAUUUCUUCUGUCUUGAACCACUUGUAAUGUAUGCAGCCAUUUUUGACCUUGUGUAGCUGGUACAAAAUUACACUGGAAAUAACAAGCUGCAGCAACCCAGCAGAGGACAGUACAACAAGGCUUCCUGGGAAUCUUGGACAGCUUGGUGGAAUUUGGAAGACAAUUACAUAUUUUUACAGUAUUGUUGCAGCGUGAAUCUGUUCUUGUUACGAGAGAGAAAAAAGUCUUAAUACUGUUUUAAAUGCAAAUCCAUAUAUUUUGUGCCAGUAGGCCUUUGUUUCUAGUACUAAUGAAUCAGAUUAGGUUGUGCAUCUGGCUGUUGUGUGUUCUGUUCUUGAAGUAACACCUAGAAAGUAUAUCACCAGUUUUCUGACUUUGUUUUAAAACAGUUCUUCCCUUCCUUUUCUUAAUUUUAGUUCAUUGAUCUGUGAAAUACCAGUCAUUUUUAUUCUGACAACACUGAAAAUUUGGUCCUCUACAGGUGGAUCUCACUGAUUUUUCAGAAACCUUUCAGCUUUUCAGUUUCAAAAAGUUAGUUACGAACCGUUUCACUCUGUUUACUGUUCGCUAGUUUUCUUUCCUAUUACUUUAUUUCUCAUUCUUUUUACCAUCCUUGCCACGUGAGCCCAGGAUUUGCUAGGCACUCCUUAGCUGCAGUUUGGGAGUAUCACCACAUGAUGGCAGCUGGUUACAGUCGCAUUGCUCUGCAAGAUUUUGGAGCCAAUUCUGAGAGACUAUCAGUGUCCUGCCUCCAUGUGCCAGGAGAAGAAGCCAUAGUCUGUUUCUCUGCAAGGAGGGAGCAGUGGAACACUUUAAAUAAAUUGGUAUCAUGAAGGGGGCAUUAUCUAGCAAACCUUUCUCCCAGUAAGGACACGGCAAGGGUGAUUUCUGCAGGAAUACAGAAAACAGCUGCAUCACAGAGAGCUGCUCCUUAGCAUAAACUCCACCUAAAUGAAUUUAACUGCCUAAGUGAGAAAGUUCUAUUAAUAAUUUAAGAGACAUCAUUAAAUUGUCUUAAAGCAGACAUUGCAGACAUCUUAAAGCAGGAUCACUGGUUAUUUAAAAUGUUUAUAAACCAACGAACCAAAAACACACAAAAAAUCAUAAAUGCAAAAAAACCUCUAAGUAAAGUUACUUCAUUCAUAUAAUUUGUUUGAGGACCAUCAUUCUUGGAGUUGUGGCACUUGUUUCUAAUACACCUAGACAAAAUGUAUCAAAUUUAUUCAGAUGGACAUAGUUUAUGGUCAGAAUUUUAGCCCAUCUUUUUUUUUUUUGGUGUGUCCGUUACUAGUGCCAGAGGCAGCUGAGCUGGGCACAACUUUGUAGUGCACAAACUGUCAGAGGCAGGCAGUGCACUACACUUGUAUGAAGCAUCUGAAGUGAAUUUAAUGCCAAGAACAGCAAAAUUGGUUUGGAAACAGAUAAAUGUGAACAGCAGUAUUAAGAUUCAGGAGAAUUAAGUCUCUCAUGUCUCUAUGGCUCUUUCUAAUUCAGGGAGUCCUAUAAAAGGUAGGACAGUCACAAGAUCUGGAAUCUUCCUUUUUGACCUAUCAGUGAUGAUACAUGCUCUCAUUGGCAUAGAAAAUCAUAUGUCUUGUCUCCCCAUGGGAAUGGAAACUGAUUCUUCAUUUCAGGAAAGCUUUUUCUUCACUUAAUCACGUGGUCUCCUGAAGGACAGUACUUUUUUUUUUUUUCUGCUUACUGUUUGAUUUGUUUUCUAUUCUCUUUCUGAUAGAAACUACUUAUUCUAUACAAAAUAUUAUGUUUGUGUCCUGCUUGCUGCUGCAAGAUGACCUGUUGUUUUUAUGAGCACAAGCAUGGCAGCAGCCACUGUAUGUGUAGAGUAUUUUAUCUCAGGCUUAGUCGCUAGAAACUGCACACUUGAUUACAGGUUAAGCCCUAUAGAAUCAUCAUUGUCAAAGAAUUUUAGGGUAGGCAACUAAUUUUAAAUGAUUUUGCAAUUAUUAUCUAAAAUAAUUAAAGCACAGUCUUUAACGCAUUCCUUUUGGAUCUAAUUAAUUUCAAGUGUGGAAAAACAACUUCUAAUGAAUGAGGAGCCCUUUUCAUAUUAUUACAUGAAUCAGAAGUGCGGUGAAUUUGGUUUGGAGAAAAAUAAACUUACAAUGCCUUAACAUAUUUUGAAGUG